AUGAUAUUCGAUCCAGCCCGCAUCGAACUCCCAGCUUCAUACGAGACAGUUCCCACUACGGGUCAAAUCAAAGUCUCACAUCAUCCGACCGGUGCUGCAUCCGCUACUCCAGUUAUUGUUGUGACCUUGAAUCGUCCCACGAAAAGCAAUGCAUUCACCUCGCAAAUGGUGCAGGAUUUUGAGAAGCUCUAUCCCAUGUUCGAUGUGGAUGAACGCGUGAAGGUGAUUGUCUUGACAGGUGCCGGUAAGACGUUUUGCGCCGGAGCGGACCUGGACCUUGGUUUCAGCAACAGUCAAGAGCGUCCUGCGGAGCAUCGCGACGGUGGUGGCCGAGUGGCAUUAGCUAUCCACCGCUGUCGUAAGCCCACAAUUGCGGCGAUGCAAGGCUCCGCAGUUGGGGUUGGAAUGACCAUGACGCUGCCGGCGAUUAUACGGAUCGCCUACGACAAGGGCAAAUAUGGCUUUGUGUUUGGCCGUCGUGGCAUCAUCAUGGAAUCAUGCUCCUCCUAUUUCCUUCCCCGUCUUGUCGGAUUCUCCAAUGCGAGCUAUUUAGUGAGUACGGGAGCGGUCUUUCCGCCCACCGCCAAACACUUUGGCGAUCUUUUCAACGAAGUGCUUCCAGAUCCUUCGCACGUCCUGCCUCGUGCGCUGGAACUAGCCACCGAGAUAGCCGAGAACGUGAGCCCGACAUCUCAAUAUCUCAACCGCGCACUCAUGUGGCGGAACCCGGGAACUCCAGAGGGGGCUCAUCUGUUGGAAUCGGCGGUGAUCUGCCAAAUCUUCGGUUCGGCAGACCAGAAUGAGGGGGUCCAAUCCUUCUUUGAGAAGCGCAAACCCGCAUUCCGGGCCAAUUUGGAUGACAAUCCGCCCAGUAAUGUGCCCUGGUGGACUGAAGUUGACACCGGAAGGCGUCCAAAAGCAAGGAAAACGGGUUCGUCCAAAUUGUGA